AUGGCGCCUCCAGCAAAGACGUUUACCCGCGCCGAGGUGCGGCAGCACACCGCCGAGGACUCUCUGUGGUGCAUCAUCGACAGCAUCGUCUACGACGUGUCCGACUUCGUCGCGAUCCACCCGGGAGGCGAGAGCGUGCUGCGCCAGGUGGCCGGCCAGGACGCCACGACGGCCUUCUACAACCUCCACCGCCAGGAGGUCCUGACCCAGCACGCGGACCUGGCCGUCGGCACCGUCGAGGGCGAGACGCCGCAGGUGCUGGUCCCGCGGCCCGGCGACCUCAGCCCGGUGCCGUACGCCGAGCCGCUCUGGCUGGCGCGGCCGUUCCGCAGCCCGUACUACGGCGACUCGCACCGCCGGCUGCAGAGGGCCAUGCGCGCCUUCACCGACGAGCACCUGCUCCCGGAGGCGCGGGCGUGCGAGUCCACCGGCCGCCCCGUCAGCCAGCCCGUCAUCGACCUCAUGAGCCGCAAGGGCGUGCUGCACAUGCGCCUCGGGCCCGGCAGGCACCUCCACGGCGUGGCGCUGCUGGACGGCGCGGUCCGCGGCGACGAGUUCGACCACUUCCACGACCUGGUGGUCGCGCAGGAGCUCGCCAGGACCAUGGCGCGCGGCUUCCAGGACGGCAACAUGGCCGGCAUGACCAUCGGCCUGCCGGCCGUGCUCAACUUUGCCAGGGACGACGCCUGGGGGCGCGCCGUCGCCGACGCCGUCUUCAGCGGCCGCAAGAAGCUGUGCCUGGCCAUCACCGAGGCCUUUGCCGGGUCCGACGUCGCGGGCCUGCGGACCACUGCGGAGAAGAGCCCCGACGGGAAGCACUACAUUGUCAACGGCACCAAGAAGUGGAUCACAAACGGCACCUUUUGCGACUACUUUGUCACCGGCGUCCAAACGGGCAAGGGCCUCAGCGUGCUCCUCAUCGAGAGAGGCGAGGGCGUCGAGACCAAGCCGAUCAAGACGUCGUACUCGGCCGCCGCGGGGACGAGCUACGUCACCUUUGACAAUGUCAAGGUCCCCGUCGGCAAUCUCCUGGGCGAGGAGAACAAGGGCAUCCACGUCAUCCUCAGCAACUUUAACCACGAGCGAUGGACCAUGGUUUGCGGCUCCAUCCGCAUCUCGAGAAUGAUUGUCGAAGAGAGCCUCAAGUGGGCGAACCAGCGCCUCGUCUUUGGCAAACGCCUGAUUGACCAGCCCGUCAUCCGCCAGAAGCUCGCCAAGAUGAUUGCCCUGGUCGAGGCCAACCACUCGUGGCUCGAGUCCGUCACGUACCAGAUGUGCAGUAUGCCCUACAAGCUGCAGGCUCAGCAUCUCGCAGGCCCCAUCGGUCUCCUCAAGAUGAGCACCACGCGCGCCGCCCACGACAUCGCCGACGAGGCCGUCCAGAUCUGGGGAGGUCGCGCCCUCACCCAGACCGGCAUGGGCAAGCACAUUGAAAUGUUCCGCCGCACGUAUGCUUUCGACUCGGUCCUGGGAGGGGCCGAGCAGAUUCUCGGUGAUCUGGGGGUCAGGCAGGCAGUCAAGAAUUUCCCCAAGGCUGUGCUGUGA